AUGCCACGCACUGCCGUCGACAGCUCCGAGGUCUUUGAAGCGCUUGCUGCCGGCGAGAGUGAUCACGACAUCAAAUAUCGGACCAUGUCAUGGCAACGCUGUGCUGUCCUCCUCUUCGGCGACCAAGUGUGUCUUGCAAUCAUGGCUCAGGCAUGGACAUUGAAAGUUCUCGGAUGGGUGCCUGGUCUGCUUGUUCAGUUCUUCUCUGGUAUACUAUUCUGGAUAACCAGUUAUACCAUGUGGCAGUACAUCAUGAAGCACCCUCAAAUUCGCGACAUAUGCGAUAUGGGCCACCUGCUGUUCGGCGGCAACCCUCUUGCAUACUAUGGCACCAUGAUCGGCCUUGUCCUGUACAACGUCAUGCUCUGCGGUUUCCACGUUCUCACUGGCGCACAAGUUCUCAACACAGUGACGGAACACUCCUUGUGCUCGGUGCAAUUCGGUAUUAUCGUCACGGUCAUCGCGAUCGUGCUGUCGGCUCCUCGCACACUCAGCCACCUUAGCCUCAUCUCGAUCGCAAGUGCAAUUUGCAUGGCACUCGCCAUCCUCCUUUUCAUGGUUUUUGUCGGCAAGGAAGCCAAUCCCGCCGAGUACCCUACCCUCGGUCCUGUCAAGACAUAUGCAUGGCCUCAAGAGGGCACCACCUGGAUUGAGUGUCUAAAUGCAGUACUGAAUGUUGCAUUUUUAUGGUUCGCGCAGAUCCUCUUCCCAACCUUCAUCGCCGAAAUGCGCCAGCCACGCGAUUUUCCCAAGGCUCUUGCUGCAUUUUCGAUUGCUUCGUUCGUCCUUUUCCUAGUCCCCGCCAUUGUCGGAUUCUACUACUUGGGACAAUACACAGAGGCACCAGCAUUCGGCUCGCUACAAGAACAUUACAAGAAGGUGGCUUAUGGGCCAGUGAUCGUGCCGACAAUCAUCAUUGGAGUCAUCUACGCCAAUGUGUCGGUCAAGUUCAUAUAUCGCGUUAUCAUGCGGGACUCGCGACAUCAACACUCACACACCUUCAUCGGCUGGGGCAUGUGGAUUAUUCUCAUGACCAUCUUCUGGUUCGUGGCUUUUGUCUUCGCAGAGGUCAUUCCCAGUAUGGGCGAUUUUGGAACGAUCCUGGGUGCAUCAUUCGACUCCCAGUUCGGACUGGUUUUCUGGGCGGUUGCUUACUGGCAUCUCUUCCGGGGACGUCUUUGGGAUGGAUUGGUACGCACCAUCCUUACCGUUCUUCAUCUUGUUGGGUUCGUCGGCGGUCUGUUCCUCUUUGGACCUGGCCUGUAUGCAUCUGUCAAAGCCAUCAUCGCAGACUAUGCAAAUCCGACACGACCUGCAUUCUCCUGCACGAAUCUUUCGAUUUAA